GUAAUCCUGAGGAUACAGAUGGCAGCAGAGAGAUAACCAGCAAGGAACAAACGAUCUUUUAGUGAGUGUCAGAACAAGAACAGUAGACACGUAGUGUGAAGUGCAAGUGCCAAAGAGACAACAUUAGGCGGUACUGUAUCUGGUGAAUAAUUUGAAAGCGCCCGGAACGAGAUAAGCACUCAUGGGAAUUUAAAAUUGCAAUAUAGUUCUAAACGAACAAUUGUAGGGAAACGUGAAACAGUGCAUUACCAUAUAUUGCAACGUGGAGAAGCAUUCCGAUACAAUUGUUUUUUCACAGCCUCCACUUCAGAUCUUGACAUUUCACUGGUAACAAAAGCCACGGCGUGGCGUUUUGCUUUGCUCUAUUCAGAUCAACAAUAAGCAAGUGCUAGAGGUUAGUAGAAGUGCAACUUCAUAAAGACUCACUUAAAUCUCGCCACUUGGCAGCCUUGUUGAGUCGGCGCACGGAAUGUAAAGUGGCAGAAAAAAAUAUUACAUCCCAGGAAGCACGUCAGAAGUGAACGAAUUUAUGAGGCGGGAGGUCUAUGAAUAAAUUUAUACUUUCGCGAGAUUUGUUUUAAUCGAGGUGCAAUCCGAGCGUAUCUAGCUCUACAUAUUAGGCGAAAGAGCCCUACUGGGAGUGCGGCUCGCAUCGAGUGUAGGAGUGUUCGAAGAGUACCACCGGCAAAAAAACAGGGUGGGAGGCAAUAAAUUUGUCACUGAAGCACAAGUGCAUCGUGAUAAAUUUUUGACAAAUUCGCCGAAAAAAAAACGGUUACGAUGAAGGUAAUGAAAAUGCCAGCCUGUAAGCUGUUGUUCGUGGUAGUGUUAUCGUCGAUUCUGCUCUGCUGUCACACAUCGAGUGCCGGUCCGGCCCGACAGCUGGCCAGUUUGGCCUCGCGAGCCUCUAAGAUUCCACGUUCUAUACGGGCCCCAUUUCGCAACUCAGAGAUGAUGACUGCCAGAGGAUUUGGUAAACGACGGGUACCGAUCGGGUCAAAUACGGGCGGUAGCAGCGGCAGCGUUAACCACGUUGUCGAUGAGAUGCCAUGGGGCUAUGAAAAACAUGAUACAGGAAAGAUGAUUGAAGAGCUGACAAGGGACAGACUCGAUUCGGUGCAACAAAUAGGCGGUGAACCUGAGAGCUUCUCCUUGGACUGGUUUGUCAACGAGCUGUCUGCGAAUCCUGCCCUGACUAGGACAAUUUUGCAACGAUUUAUUGAUACCAACAAGGACGGCCUGCUGACUACUAAAGAACUGAUCAACUCUGGAACAAGCGACGGCAAUGAUCUCUUCUAAUUUUCUCUUCUGGACGCUGUUAUUCCUGUGCCCAUCACCCACCGAGGAACAUCCCUUUUGCCAUCUGUUAUUUAUAUUCGCAUUGCCCGAGGAUCUCGUUCGAGUAGAAUGGAAAUAUUCGGGUUUCAAUGUUAACGAUCUUAGGGAGAUGUUCUUGUAAAAUAAAAAUACAUAUUAGCUUUUCUCACUAUUGAAUGGUUUGGUGUAAGCAAUCCACUAAGGACCGAAAAUUUUAGCGUUAGUGGGAAAACAUAUUUGUGAUUUAGAGUAUUUAACGGAUAAACCUCUUUUUUGAAGUUAUGUUUCUAUGUAACAACGGUUCAGAGUUAAGAAACAAUCUCAGCUCAUUGGUAUAACAGACUUAAUUGUAAAAAACAUAAUAUCUAUUGUCAUUUAUUGAUGAAAACAAGUGUCGAAAAUGCGGAAGUAACCGAUUUAGGCUGGGUUUCGUGUUGCUUCCAAAAUUGCGACAAAAAAACAUUGUAAAAAAUGCUAAUUGGGAACGAAAUAUUAAAGCACUUUUCCUGUUUCAACAUUACACGAUUAGUUAAUUAUUGACACGUUCAAAUGAAUAAAUAAAAAGUAUGCCACCCCACUGCAGAUGUGAAAAACAUAUUGUAAUAUACAUAAAGAAACUGCAACUAUAUUACACUGCAGAGAGACUUACAAAAUGCAAUUGAAAAUAAA